AUGACACACACACAUACUCAAGAGUACCCAAGAGGAAUAAAAAGACCACUCGGGAGACCUCCAAUAAGAUGGAAAGACGAUAUUACAAAGAAAUUGGGUAACACCUGGCAAAGGAAAGCAAGAUCAAGGAGCGAAUGGAAACGCAUUGUGGCCAGCAACGUUGCAAACACGGCAUUCCAGGGGAUGCGAAAUAGUACGGUCUUAGUUUUUAUACAUCAGUGGCAAUAG